AUGAAUACAGACACUUUGUCUUCGUGGCAAGCACUUGGCCUUGCGUGUGCAGCAGCAGCUUCUGCACUUUCUGCGAAAUAUAAUGACAGAGCCAUUUUUGAUGAACAUCGAGCCAACAUUCCAUACAAGAAGGGAUAUCCUCUACUAGGUGGUCUACCCUUUCUCCUCGGCAACGUUUUAUCUGGUCAUGAUUUCACUACACAAACAUUUGAAGAGUUGGAUACCUUGACAUGGACCAUGUCCAGUCUUGGUAUUAAAAGAAACAUCAGCACCAUCGACCCUGCCAACAUUGAACAUAUUCUCAAGGACAACCUUCAAGAUUAUAUCAAAGGCCCCAAGUUGCAAGAAGCAUUCAGCGAUCUAGUUGGUGAACAUAUCUUUAAUGACCACAGCAAGAAAUGGCGUUACCAAAGAAAAGCCGCUAAUAUCAUCUUCAACGCCAUGAAUAUUCGGGAUCAUUUCACCGCUGUCUUCGUGCACGAUCUGCGAUAUAUGAUCAAGGAGAUAUUAAACGUUGCAGCUGUCAACCGAGAACCAGUUGAUUUCCAAGACCUUAUGUACAAGUUUACGCUGGAUUCAUUUGUACAGUUGGGUUUUGGUGUCGCAGUUAACGGAUUGCAGCAGAAGGGCAAGGCUAAUUUUGCCGAAUCUUUUGAUGUGCUACAAUCCAAUGGCUCUUGGCGGCUGGUGUUCCCUAUCUGGAAACUGUCCGAGGCGAUCAAACCUAUCUUGUUCCCAUGGCAAACUAGCAUCAAGGAUCAUGUUAAGGCUAUCAACAGUUACGCGUACGAAUUUAUUGCCAAACGCAAAAAGGAAAUGGCCGAGGGCCAGGAGCCCGAGGGUUUUCUGUCACGAUUGAUGAACGUUCGAGACGAGGCUGGUGAACCCUCAGAUGAGAGGAGCUUGCGGGAUGCUAUUCUCGCCUUUUUUGUUGCAGGCAGAGACACCACUGCUGGAGGACUCUCUUGGACGUUCUACAAUCUGAUGUUGCAUCCUCGAAUUGAAAACAAGCUCUUUGAGGAAAUCAAGUCACAUGUCACCGACGAGAUUGAGAGCGACCCUGUUGCUCUGUAUGAAGCUAUUAAAAAAAUGAAUUAUGCGCAUGCUGUGUUUUACGAAGUUUUGCGUUUGUAUCCACCGCUUCCGGCUAAUAUAAGAUACGCCUUGAAGGAUGAUAUUCUUCCAGAUGGUACACAUGUUCGUUCUGGCGAUUACAUAGUCUGGAGCCUUUAUGCUCUAGGAAGAUCCACCAAAGUCUGGGGCCCCGAUGCUAAAGAUUUCAGACCGGAACGCUGGCUUACUCCCGAAGGCGAAGUGCGUCGUGAAUCUCAAGCGAAAUGGCCUGCUUUUCAUGCUGGACCAAGAUCAUGCCCCGGCCAAAAGCUUUCCACGCUCGAGAGCUUGGUAGUUGUCGUCAUGCUGCUUAAGCGCUACAAGUUCAGCCUUGUUCCUGAUCAGGAAGUCACGUAUACUCUCAGCGCAACGCUAGUCAUGCACAGUGGCAUGAAAGUUUUCGUGGAGCAGCGCUAA